UUAUGUCUUUGUAACAAAGUAAUUUAUAACCAACAUAAAAUGUGUCUCAUUCAGUUGAUGCUGAUAUUUUGUUACCUAACAAACAGCCAUGCUGUCAUGUUUCAUUUAGAUGGCUUGCUCGAUUUAGGCAAAAAGUGGAACUAUGAAUUACAACUCACACAAGUAACUGAUGGAAAAUACAAAUUCUCGUUAGAAAGAAACUUGUCCCCUCAAACUUUAACUACGAAAAGUGAAAUACAAUAUAUCUUGCCUAACUUGUUAAAAAUAGGUAAUAUAAGAAAUGGUAUUGAGACAAACGAUUAUAUUCCAAAUAAUGAAGAAGGAGCGAAAAUAAACAUAUCUCUUCUUUUCGAAAAUAAGGAAAUUGGUACAGCAAAGAAGAAAAAAAAUAACAAACCAUCGUCCCAUUUAAGACAACGAGCAGAAAUUAUAUCUCCACGUAAAAUUAAAGAUGAUGAAUCAAUCCAACGAUACAUUCUUCAUUUGUACAAUCAAGCUCUAAUAAUUCUAGAAAAUAUUCAGGGAAGAUUUGAGAACAAAAUAAAUAAACAUAAGUUUCAUAGAAUAAAGCAACUUUAUAAGAAAAAACUCGAAGAGCAUGUGAAUAAAUUAAGUAAUCAAACACUUAGAACUAAAUUAGGAACUCAAAAAGCUAUUUUGAAUACUUUGAGCGUGUCAAAUAGAAUUAUAACGAAAAUAUUUGACCAUAUGAACAUGUUCAUCAAAGGUUCUCUAAGAAAUUCAAAUUCAACUAUCGAUUCAAUGCAAAAAGUACUAGAAAAGGAACUUAAUACAGAAUUCGUUCAUCUUUGUAAGCAAUAUAAUAUAUGUAGAACUCGCAGAACUUUUAGUGAUUUAUUAACACAAAUGUUGACAAUGAUAUUAAAAACGAACGAUCGAAAAGUAAAACAGGCUUCCGAUGCUUUAACCGAAGUAUUGAAAGAUGCAGUUUUUGUGAAAAUAAUGGAUUGGGAAUCACAUAAAAAAUUUAAAAUUCUUAUACGCAAAUUGGAGUACAAAAACGAAGAAGAGACGAGAAUUGUUUUUUUGAUACUAAAAAAUGUAAUAGCAAAUAGAAAUCAACCGAUAAAAAUUUAUGGCGCUGAAAAUAUGAAAUUAGUCAAUAAGACUGUUGUUCUACAGGCUAUUUUAAACGAGUUCGAUAAAGUAAUUUUUGGCGAUCAUAAUAAUACAAAACAGUGGGAUAAUUUAUUACAAAAGUUGGAAGAAUGGACAAAUGCUAGUGAAUACAGAAAUAUCAUAACGAAGAUUUGGUCUGAAUUAAUUUCGAUUAUAGAAAAAGGAGCAGAAAAAAUGACAGAAGAGGUGGCACAGACAGUAAGGGAGAAUAUACGUUUUGUUUUAGAUUAA